GGCAUUACGAUCUGGACACAAUACCUACAAGGAAAGAGGAUUCUUUGUACACACAAACAGUGAAUCAUUUUGUGCUUUAUGCGUCAAUUGAUUUGUAGCUUUGUACAGUAACUGUUAUUAAUCUGUGAAAGACUGAAGGUUAGUUUGCCAGAAAUACGAAACAGGAUAGACGUAAUCAUGGCGUCCAGUGCGAUGCUAAAGGAUAAGAUGCAGUUACAGUUUGAGGACAAGUGGGAAGGCAUGCGUCCUACUGUCCUGAAACUUCUAAGACAGGAGAACGUCAGCAGAGGCGAAUGGCAGGAUCUCUUCUGGGAUGUCCAUUCAGUGUGUCUGUGGGAUGAGAAAGGGGCCUACAAAGUCCACGCUGCGCUUGUAGAUGACAUCAGAGAGUUUGUACAGCAAGCUAAAUCAAGGGUGCUACAUGACCAAGAAGACACUACAUUAUUAAAAGCCUACAUCAGUGAAUGGAGUAAGUUCUUCACGCAGUGUAAUUAUCUCCCUAAGCCCUUCGGUCCGUUGGAGACGGCGUUAACACAGAUGAGCGCUGGCACACAACAGAAGAAGAAUGUACAGAAUGAGGACACUGUGGUCAGGAAGCUGAUGCUAGAGAGUUGGAACGAUCACAUCUUCAACAACAUCAAGCAGCGACUACAGGACAGUGCAAUGAAACUAGUGCUGGCUGAAAGAAACGGAGAAGCCUUCGAAAAACAACUCGUCAUUGGGGUCCGGGAAUCAUAUGUCAAUCUGUGCUCCAAUGUUGACGACCGUUUGCAGAUUUAUCGGGAGAACUUUGAGAGGGCGUACCUGGAAGCCACAGAGACCUUCUACAAGAGAGUAGGGCCGGAUUACCUCCGUGAGAAUGGUGUACAGAACUACAUGAAAUUUGCUGACAAUAAGUUGAAGGAGGAGGAAACGCGAGCCCUGAGAUACUUAGAAACCUGCAGAGGUAGCAACUCAGUUACUGCAUUAUCUGAAUGCUGUGUUCAAGCCUUGGUGAGUUCCUUCAAGGAGGAAAUUCUUAGGGAGUGUGCUCCGAUGAUCAAGAGCAAUGAGACAGAAAAACUCAACCUGAUGUUCAGGUUAAUGGAUAGGGUACCAGACGGCAUCAACCCAAUGCUGAGGGACCUGGAGCAUCAUAUAAUGGAAGCUGGUCUGGCUGACAUGGUGGCAGCAGCUGAUAUCAUUGUCACAGAUUCGGAGAAGUAUGUUGAGCGGCUACUGGAAUUAUUCAACAAAUUUAGUGCACUUGUCAAGGAUGCAUUUAAUGAUGAUCCCCGAUUCCUAACAUCCAGAGAUAAGGCUUACAAGCAUGUUGUCAAUGACACCAAAGUCUUCAGGCUGGACCUACCUGCCAAAAACAAAAGUAUAAGUAGUAAGACCCAACCAGAGUCCAAAUGCCCCGAGCUUCUUGCCAAUUACUGUGAUCUCCUGCUGAGAAAGACGCCACUGAGUAAGAAACUGACAUCGGAAGAGAUCGAGAGCAAACUCAGGAACGUGCUUUUGGUACUGAAGUAUGUGCAGAACAAAGACGUGUUUAUGCGCUACCACAAAGCCCACCUGACAAGGAGGUUAAUUCUAGACACGUCGGCAGACAGUGAGAAAGAGGAGAACAUGGUUGAAUGGCUCAGGGAGGUUGGUAUGCCAGCUGACUACGUCAACAAGCUGGCAAGAAUGUUCCAAGACAUCAAAGUUAGCGAGGAUCUCAACCAAUCAUUUAAGGAACUCCAUCGGAACAACUACGACAGUGUAGCAGACAACAUAAACAUAAAGAUUCUGAAUGCCGGGGCGUGGUCCAGGAGUUGUGAGCGGGUCCCCGUCUCCCUCCCUCUGGAACUAGAAGACUUCAUCCCCGAGGUGGAGGAGUUCUACCGGAAUAAGCACAGCGGCAGGAAGCUGCAGUGGCAUCACCUCAUGUCAAAUGGCAUUAUCACGUUUAGGAAUGAGAUCGGUGUCUUUGACCUGGAGGUCACGACCUUUCAGAUGGCUGUCCUCUUUGCCUGGAACCAGCGACCCAAGGAUAAGAUCACGCUAGAGAACCUGAGACUGGCCACAGAGCUUCCUGACAGUGAAUUGAGGAAAACAUUAUGGUCCCUUGUAGCGUUUGCCAAGAUGAAGCGGCAGGUCGUGUUGUGUCAUGUGGAGGCCAAGUCUCCCAAGGACUUCACCGAUGCUACAGUGUUCUGGUUCAACCAGCAGUUUGCAGUUAUUAAGAAUGGAAAGCCCCAGAAGCGAGGUAAGAUCAAUCUGAUUGGACGGUUACAACUGAACACGGAGAGAAGCGGGGAAGAGGAGAAGGAGGGAAUCGUACAGCUGAGAAUACUCAGAACACAGGAGGCUAUUGUAAAGAUCAUGAAAAUGAGGAAGAAGAUCACGAACGCUCAGCUUCAGACUGAGCUGGUGGAAAUCCUCAAGAACAUGUUCCUUCCUCAGAAGAAGAUGAUCAAGGAGCAGAUCGAGUGGCUGAUUGAGCACAAGUACAUGAAGCGGGAAGAGAACAAUAUCAACACCUUCAUCUAUCUUGCUUAGUGUCAACUUUGCUGAUUGGGCAGUUAGGUCAUUGCCGUCCAGCAAACAACCAAUCAGGAUGUACAUGACUUCUGUCUUGGAAGAAAAUGCCCUGCCUGGUUAAAAACAGUGAUUGGCCGAGAAGUCUACAUCAGACAGUGAUGGUAACCACUCAGAAAGUUGCUUUCAUAGCACUGCAACAAUAGGGUGCUUUUGAUUGGCUGUUAAAAAUGUGCUUCUGAUUUGUAAUGACCAAUCAGAUGUUUUGUUGAUAACCGUCUAUAAAUACUCAGACCAGGUGCUUUGUCGUUUGAAUUCAUGUACAUGUACCAAGUGGAUAUAUAUUGAACUGUACUUUGUUGAAGAGUGUACUACAACUGUAAGGGUACAUUAAAUACAAAAGGCAGCAAAAGUAAUAAUUUUGUUCCUAUAAAUGGGUUGAUGUAAGAGUCGAAAGCUUUUGAAAAGGUGCUUUGGUUCCCCCUAUGAAACAACGCACUGGCUGCAGAGGUGUUGUAAGAUUAACAAACCAAAGGCAAGCACAGACUUUUUGCAAACUAAAUUAGUAGCAGACAAAUGGAAGGAAUCUUCAACAUCGAAACUUGUAGUGAAUGAAAUUGUCCGCAUCUUUUGAUUUCAAAAAGCCAUUUACUAUAAGACUUUUUUUCUGAAAAGAUUCAACGGCAUGAUUUAUAAGCACUUAACCCAUUAGCGCAUGUGCUACACGGUAGUACACUGUGUUUAUUCACUAAUGAAUGGGGCUGUACAGAGGGG